AUGGUGCCGCAAACUAAAGUGUUCGUCGGCAGCCUGCCGCAAGGCUCCAAGCCGGAGGAGCUCCGCAAACUUUUCGAACGCUUUGGCGUUGUUACAGAAUGUGAUAUUAUGAAUCGAUGUGGGUUUGUGCAUAUGCAAACCGAAGAUCAGGCAUCGGCUGCGAUUCGCGGACUUAAUAACACAACCUUCAACGGUGGUGUCAUUACCGUCGAACGCGGUCGCAUCAAGGAGCGUGGAGCUCGCGGUGGUGGCGGCGGAGGUCGCGGUGGCAUGCGAGGGGGAAUGCGCGGCGGUAUGGAACGGCGUGGUGGCGGGCCGAUGCGCGGUGGACCUCCUCCUCGAGACUCGCCUUAUUCCCGCGACAGGCCGGGACCGCACGCUCGCGGCCCUCCAGUAGGCGGCCCGGUGCCGAUGGCGCCGCGCCCCAUGCCUUACGAGCGGGAGAGAGCACCUCCAGCCGCUUAUGAUGAUCGUUACAACGGCUAUGGUGGUGAAGAUCGUCGCGGGUUCGCUCUGAUGGAACGCGGCGCGCGAGACCCGUACGCUGCUCCCAUGUACGCUGACGAGCGGCGCUACGAUGAGAUGGCUCCCAUGUACGAUGACCGGCGGGCGCCAAUGUAUGAUGAAAGGGACAUGAUGGACCGUCGUCCCGCGAUGGCUCCCUACGACAGGGCGCUACCCCCGAGGCCUGCACCUAUGCCCAAUGGAGACAUGUUUAGCAGGCGGUCACCAAUGCGCGGCGCUGCCGGACCUGGUGGUUACGACAGAGAUCCAUAUGCACAGCAGUACCCUCCAAUGGGACGCGGGGGCGGAGCCUCGGCGCGCGGUAGAGAGCUGGCGCCGCUGGGCCCGCGCCGCUACUAG